UCCCACCCAUGACCUCCAGGCCUGCCCCCUGUGUGUUUGACUAGAGGGAAGGGACAGCUGAACCUGCCGGGUGAGUCCAGUGAGUCACGGACACCGGCAGGCGGAAGGGCAAGCAGGCAGACUGAGCCACAGCACUGUGCCAUGGCUCUGACUGUGUGCGUGAGGCGCCUAACAGGGCUGCCAGGCAUCCAUGACCGACAAGUGCAUCUCUGCUUCCGUGGCUUUACCCAGAAAACAAGGAAAAUUCGCUGUGGCCGAGAAGCAGAUGUUGGUGAGCUGUUUCGUUGGCCCCACUAUGGAUCUCCACUGGCUGGGGAGAGUCUGUCUGUACAGGUGGUCAACUGUAGCCAUGUGUUCAGCCCCAGGUCCCUGGGGACACUGGUGAUCUCCCUGCAGCAGCUGCAAAGUGCUGGGCACUUGGUGCUGAGGGAAGCCCUAGUGGAUGAGAAACUCCGAGUGUCCCCAAUCCAGGUGGAGCUUGACUUAAAGUAUCAGCCCCCUGAGGGAGCUGCUGGAACCUGGGCAGAGGAGGACUUUGGGACACCCAUUCGAGACAGCUCAGAGUUGAUCAUCCCCAAUGUGGGCUUCCAGGAGAUGGAGCCUGGGGAGGCCGGGCUGGAGCGUCGGGCAGUGGCUCUGGGCCGAAGGCUAGCUCGAAGCCUAGGGACACAGGAUGAUGAGGAGAACGAGCUGGAGCUGGAGCUGGAGGACGAGCCUGACGUGGAGAUCUCUGGGGUGGUGUUCAGUCCCCUCAAAAGCCGCACCCUGGGCCUGUCCCGCGGGGAUCCCUUCCAGGUGUGCAGAGCCCGGGACUUCCAGGUGGGGGUCACUGUUCUUGAGGCCCAGAAACUGGUGGGAGUCAAUAUUAACCCCUAUGUGGCUGUGUGCGUGGGGGACCAGCGCCGAGUGACCACAACACAGCGUGGAACCAAUUGCCCCUUCUACAAUGAGUACUUCUUGUUCGAUUUUCACAAGACUCGGCUUCACCUCCAAGACUUGCUGCUGGAGAUCACUGCUUUCCACUCGCAGACUCUCCCAUUCAUGGCCACCAGGAUAGGCACCUUCAGGAUGGAUCUGGGCAUUGCCUUGGACCAGCCAGAUGGGCAUUUCCACCAAAAGUGGGCCCCUCUACAUGAUCCCUGCGACACCCGAUCUGGGACCAAGGGCUUUGUCAAGAUCACCUUGUCUGUGAGGGCACGCGGGGACCCUCCCCUUCCACUGCCACCUCCAGUCCCUGGGACCAGUUCAGACAUCGAGAAGAAUCUACUCCUGCCACGUGGGGUGCAGGCUGAGAGACCAUGGGCACGCCUGCAUGUACGUGUGUACCGUGCCCAGGGUCUUCCCACAGUGCGCACGGGGCUGCUAGGCAAUCUGGCCCGUGCACUGCGUGAACAACACGUCCUCCUGGAUCCCUAUGUGCGGGUGAGCUUCCUGGGGCAGCAGGGUGAGACUUCUGUGCGUGCAGAGGAGACGGAGCCCGAGUGGAAUGAGCAGUUGAGCUUUGUGGAACUCUUCCCGCCGCUAACACGUGGCCUUCGCCUGCAGCUGCGUGAUGACGCACCGCUCCUGGAUGUGGCACUAGCCACACAUGUGCUGGACCUGAGGCAGAUCUCGAACUCUGGCCGCGCAGCCGGGUUUAACCCUACUUUUGGUCCGGCCUGGGUGCCCCUCUAUGGCUCGCUCCCCAGUGGCAGGUUCCGGGAUGGUCUUCAAAGUCUCAACGAAGGUGUUGGAGAAGGCAUUUGGUUCCGGGGCCGACUUCUGGUAGCUGUGUCCAUGGAGGUGUUGGAAGGCAGAGUUGAAUCUACAUCCCCCCAGAGCACACAGGGGUCCAGAUUGUCCCGACUCACUGGGAAGAAAAAGAAGAAGACCAAGCAGGGUCAAACCCCAGCUGGCGUUCCAAAGCCUGCGGAUGCCGGUGCCAGUGGGGAUGUACCUGUGGUUCCUGGUGCAGCGGAGGUGGAGGUGGAGGAGUUGCUGCCCCUGCCGGAGAACGCCCUGGCACCCUGCGAAGAUUUCCUGCUUUUUGCCGUGGUCUUUGAGGCCACCAUGAUUGACCCUUCACUGGCCAAGCAGCCUAUCAGCUUGGAGAUUUCCAUUGGUCCUGCAGGUCGCAGAGAGGAGCAAUUGGGCCAAAGGUCAAGGGCUGACGAGGGAGCUGAAGGCGGCAUAUCAGAAGCUCGGCCUCUCCUGGGACCCGAGAACAGACAGGCAGGGCAGGAGGAGGAAGAGUUGCUGGGGACACCUGAUCAGUGGCCCGAGCCUGUAGAUGGCAAUGGGCCAUACCUGUGCUUGCCUCUGCGGCACCGAAAGCCCUGCCUACAAGUAUGGAGCCGCUGGGAGGAUUAUACGUGGCGCCUGCAUAGCAGCAACAGUGUGUGCAAAGUGGCCGAGAGGCUGGACCAGGGCCUGCAGGAGGUUGAGAAGAUGCAGCGCAGGUCGGGGCUGGGUGCCUGCACACGGCUUAAGCAGACUCUGGAAGAGCUGGUGGCUGGGAGCAGACAGUUCUGCCUCGGUGCUGAGCGCAGGAUGAUGACGCGACCCAACACCCUGGAUCGAUGCCGAGGGAAACUACUGCUGCACAGCUUGAAUCUGAUGGCGAAGCAAGGAUUGCAGCUUUUACGGGGCCUGAGGCAGAGCAACAUGCAGAGGAGGGUGGUGCUGGCCAAGAAGCUCCUGGCAAAACUGCAUUUCCUGGCUCGGGAGCCGCAGCCACCCUUCCCUGAUGUGAUGGUCUGGAUGAUCAGCGGCCAGCGCCGUGUGGCCUAUGCCCGCAUCCCUGCCCAGGAUGUGCUGUUCUCUGUGGUCGAAGAGGAGCGAGGCCGGCACUGUGGGAAGAUCCAGAGUCUUCUGCUCACAGUUCCUGGGGCAGCCCCUGGGGAGGUCUGUGCCAAGUUGGAGCUCUUCCUGUGGCUGGGGCUGGCCAAGCAAGCCAAGGCCUGCACCUCUGAGCUGCCCCCAGAUCUUCUGCCUGAACCCUCGGCUGGACUGCCCCACAGCCUACACCGGGACGACUUUAGCUACUUCCAGCUGCGGGCUCAUCUGUACCAGGCCCGUGGUGUGUUGGCAGCAGAUGACAGCGGCCUCUCAGACCCCUUUGCACGUGUCCUCAUCUCUACCCAGUGCCAGACCACACGGGUCUUGGAGCAGACUCUGAGCCCCCUGUGGGAUGAACUCUUGGUGUUUGACCAGCUGAUUGUGGAUGGCAGGCGGGAGCAUUUGCAGGAGGAGCCUCCACUAGUGGUCAUCAAUGUCUUUGACCACAAUAAGUUUGGCCCUGCUGUGUUCCUGGGCAGGGCACUUGCAGCCCCAAGGGUAAAGCUGAUAGAAGACCCAUAUCAGCGCCCAGAGCUGCAGUUCUUCCCCCUGAGGAAGGGGUCACAGGCUGCUGGAGAAGUCAUUGCUACCUUUGAACUCAUUGAGAUGGACUACAGUGGCCACCUCGAGCCCACAGUGCCUAGUGAUGUGGAGCCCCAGGAUCUGGCAUCUCUGGUUCAGCCUGUCUCUGGACACCUGAGCCUGCCUCCUAAUGUGCGCCCUGUGCUCAGGGAGUUCCGUAUUGAGGUGCUGUUCUGGGGUCUGAGAGGCCUGGGCCGUGUACACCUGUUUGAGGUGGAAAGGCCCCAGGUUGUCCUGGAAGUGGCUGGGAGACGUGUGGAGUCUGAAGUUCUGACCAGCUACCGCGAGAACCCUAACUUCACAGAGCUUGUCCAGCAUGUGACCGUGGACUUACCAGAACAGCCAUACCUGCAGCCCCCACUCAGCAUGCUGGUGAUCGAACGCCGGGCCUUUGGCCGAACUGUCCUUGUGGGUUCCCAUAUCGUCCCCCACAUGCUGCGAUUCACACUCCAGGGGCAUGCGGGUCCCUCUAAGGAGGAGGAAAUAGAGGAGGAUACAAGAGAUCUGAUGCCAAAGGGACCUCAAGGAGAGCAGUCUGGGGACCCCUCCGUGGCUGAAGCAGGACUGUCCAGCCGCCUCCUGAAGGCUCCUCUGAAGAAGCUUACCUUAGGGCUCCUGGGUCAAGGCCCUGAGCUGGAGGAGGACAUCCCAGACCCAGAAGAGAUGGACUGGUGGUCCAAGUACUAUGCCUCACUGCAGGAGCUCCAGGGGCAGUCCAACUUCGAUGAGGACGAGAUGGAGGAUGCUGGGGACCCAGGCGGGACCUACCUCGUUUCUGGGGACAGGGAGGCCCAGGAGCAGGGAAGAACUGGUGUCAAAGUGUCUGGACCUCGGAAGAAAGCAAUCGCCACCUUGAAGAUCUACAACAGCCCCCUAGAGGAGGAGUUUAACCACUUUGAGGACUGGCUGAAUGUGUUCCCCCUGUACAGAGGGCAGGGCGGCCAGGCUGGAGAUGGCGAGGAAGGUUCUGGACACUUGGUGGGAAAAUUCAAGGGCUCCCUCCUCAUUUAUCCUGAGUCAGAGGCAGCAUCAUUCUCUGAGCCCCGGAUCUCCAGGGGGAUCCCCCAGAACCGGCCCAUCAAGCUUCUGGUUAGAGUGUAUGUAGUGAAAGCUACCAAUCUGGCUCCUGCGGACCCCAAUGGCAAGGCAGACCCCUAUGUGGUAGUGAGCGCUGGCAAGGAGCAGCAGGACACCAAGGAACGCUACAUCCCCAAGCAACUCCACCCCGUCUUUGGAGAGGUCCUGGAGCUGAGCAUCUCCCUCCCAGCUGAGCCAGAACUGACGGUGGCCAUAUUCGAUCAUGACCUCGUGGGCUCUGAUGACCUCAUUGGGGAGACACGGAUUGACCUGGAAAACAGAUUUUAUAGCCACCACAGAGCCAACUGUGGGCUAGCCUCGCAGUAUGACGUGGAUGGAUACAAUGCCUGGCGCGAUGCAUUCCGGCCUUCUCAGAUUCUGCUGGGGCUGUGUCAGCGCUCCGGCCUCCCUGCUCCUGAAUACCGAGCUGGGGCUGUCAAGGUGGGCACCAGAGUCUUCCUGACACCGUCCGAGGCCCUGCCUUCAGAUGGCAGGGAUCCCAAGGGGACAAAUGAGGCUUCUGAAGAGGCCCAAGCAUUGCUUGUGUUGCGGCGUUGGCAGGAGAUGCCAGGACUUGGGAUCCAGCUGGUACCUGAACAUGUGGAAACACGGCCCCUGUACCACCCCCGGAGCCCAGGGCUGCUGCAGGGUUCCCUUCACAUGUGGGUCGACAUCUUCCCUAGUGACGUGCCUGCCCCACCCCCAGUGGACAUCAAGCCUCGGCAGCCAAUCAGCUAUGAGCUCCGAGUUGUCAUCUGGAACACGGAAGAUGUGGUUCUGGAUGAUGUGAACCCACUCACUGGAGAGAUGUCAAGCGACAUCUAUGUGAAAAGCUGGGUAAAGGGGCUGGAGCAUGACAAGCAGGAGACAGAUGUCCACUUUAACUCCCUGACUGGAGAGGGCAACUUUAAUUGGCGCUUUGUGUUUCGCUUUGACUACCUGCCUACGGAGCGGGAGGUGAGCGUCCGGCGCAAGCCUGGACCCUUCGCCCUGGAGGAGGCCGAGUUCCGGCAGCCAGCAGUUCUGGUCCUGCAGGUUUGGGACUAUGACCGAAUCUCCGCCAACGACUUUCUUGGAUCCCUCGAGUUGCAGCUACCAGACAUGGUGAGGGGUGCGCGCGUCCCCGAGCAGUGUUCUGUUCGACUAGCCCUUGAUGGGGCUGGGCCAAGAUGCAAUCUGUUUCGCUGCCGGCGAUUGCGGGGCUGGUGGCCCGUAGUGAAGAUGAGGGAAAUGGAAGAUGUGGAGCGGGAGGCCCGAGAGGCUCAGGCUGACAAGAAACGGAAGAGGAGGAGGAGGAAGGGACGGCUGGAGGACCUGGAGUUCACAGACGCGGGUGGCAAUGUCUACAUCCUCACGGGGAAGGUAGAGGCAGAGAUGGAACUACUGACUGUGGAGGAGGCAGAGAAGCGGCCAGUUGGGAGGGGGAGAAAAGAGCCAGAGCCUCUGGAGAAGCCCAACCGUCCCAAAACCUCCUUCAAUUGGUUUGUGAACCCUCUGAAGACUUUCGUCUUCUUCAUCUGGCGCCGGUACUGGCACAUUCUGGUGCUGCUGCUGCUGCUGGCGCUCCUCACUGUCUUCCUGCUCCUGGUCUUCUACACCAUUCCUGGACAGAUCAGCGAGGUCAUCUUCAGCCCCAUCCACAAACACUAAUCCACGGGACCAGGGACACAGCUCAGGGAGCCAACCUUUCAACCCUGUUCUGGAUGUCCUUCCUUCCAACAUAAGCUGUAAGGAUUCAGUGCUUGGGGUCAAUAAACCUUACCACAGGCGCAGGGGCUGCCAGUUA